AUGGCGGCGGGUGGGAGCGGCGGGCGCGCGUCGUGCCCGCCGGGGUCGGGUCGGCCCGGGCGUGGGCAGCCCUGGCCCAGCGCCAACGCCGCCGCCGCCCCGGCCCCCGGCAACGCGGCUGCCGCUGCCGCCGCCGCCGCCCCCGGGCCGACCCCGCCCGCCCCGCCGGGCCCCGGGACAGACGCGCAGGCCGCGGGCGCGGAGCGGGCGGAGGAGGCGGCGGGCCCGGGGGCGGCGGCGCUGCAGCGCGAGGCCGCGUACAACUGGCAGGCCAGCAAGCCCACCGUGCAGGAGCGCUUCGCCUUCCUCUUCAACAACGAGGUGCUGUGCGACGUGCACUUCCUGGUGGGCAAGGGGCUCAGCUCGCAGCGCAUCCCCGCGCACAGGUUCGUGCUGGCUGUGGGCAGCGCCGUCUUUGAUGCCAUGUUCAACGGGGGAAUGGCCACAACGUCCACAGAGAUUGAGCUGCCCGACGUGGAACCCGCUGCCUUCCUAGCACUGCUCAAGUUUCUCUACUCGGACGAGGUGCAGAUCGGCCCGGAGACGGUGAUGACCACGCUAUACACCGCCAAGAAGUACGCGGUGCCAGCGCUGGAGGCCCACUGCGUGGAGUUCCUGAAGAAGAACCUGCGAGCCGACAACGCCUUCAUGCUGCUCACGCAGGCGCGACUCUUCGAUGAACCACAGCUGGCCAGCCUGUGCCUGGAGAACAUUGACAAAAACACCGCAGAUGCCAUCACCGCGGAGGGCUUCACCGACAUUGACCUGGACACGCUGGUGGCCGUCCUGGAGCGCGACACACUGGGCAUCCGUGAGGUGCGGCUGUUCAAUGCCGUUGUCCGCUGGUCUGAGGCCGAGUGUCAGCGGCAGCAGCUGCAGGUGACACCGGAAAAUAGGCGGAAGGUUCUGGGCAAGGCCCUGGGCCUCAUCCGCUUCCCACUCAUGACCAUCGAGGAGUUUGCUGCAGGCCCAGCACAGUCGGGCAUCCUGGUGGACCGCGAGGUGGUCAGCCUCUUCCUGCACUUCACCGUGAACCCCAAGCCGCGAGUGGAGUUCAUUGACCGGCCCCGCUGCUGCCUGCGUGGGAAGGAGUGCAGCAUCAACCGCUUCCAGCAGGUGGAGAGUCGCUGGGGCUACAGCGGGACCAGCGACCGCAUCAGGUGGGGCUCGGGGUGCAGGUGGGGGGCGCCGGGCAUGGGUGUGGUAGGAUUGGGCUGUACGGAUCAUGCGGGCCUGACUCAAGUGAACAUCAGAUUAUUCCACACAAACAGCAACACCGUCCUGGGCCAGAGCGACACGGGUUCAGCUGCGACUGACUCAAGCCAGCACCUUCAUGUCAUGUUCAGGAAGCAGUGGAGGUGCUGCUGCGUCAACUACACAGCCUGCGCCACGCUCAAGGGCCCAGACUCCCACUACGGCACCAAAGGCCUGCGCAAGGUACACAGGUCGCCACCACGGAGUGCCAAGACCUGCUUCACCUUUUGCUACGCAGCCGGGAACAACAAUGGCACAUCCGUGGAGGGCGGCCAGAUCGAGGUCAUCUUCUACACCUGGGCUGCCUGA